UAUGUAAAAGUAGAAGACUCAAACUUAUAAGGAUUCUCAUACUUUAGAAGAGAGAAAGAAAAGAGUAUAGGAAUAAUUAGCAAAAUAUCCUGAAAUGAUUCCCAUUAUUGUAGAAAAGAUUCCAGGUUGUAAAUUACCUUAAUUGUAAAAAGUGAAGUAACUUUAUUUAAAUGAUUGAAUGUAGAUUUUUGGUCAAUUCUAGUUUCUCAUUUAAUGAAUUCAAAAAUACAAUCAAAAAGAAAUUGAACUUAGAUGAGAAGACUUCAACUCUAUUUAUGUAUUGCGGAAAAAGCUUAAUGAAUGAACGUACAUCUUAAUAAUCAAUAAAUAGAUGAUAAACUCAGAAACAUUUACGAUUAGUACAAAGAUCCAGAUGAUGGAUUCCUUUACUUGCAAUAUGCAGAUGCAGAAACCUUCGGUUUUUGAU